AUGUUUGCUGGGUCCGCCCGCUGGAAGGUCAUCUGCAAGCGUCGUGGGACCAUGGCCAGGUACGGGACUGCGACGCCUCCUAAUCUCCACGCCGCACCAAGCCAAGGGAGGAGGGAGAGGGGGAGGGAGGCUGAAAUGGGCGGGAGCGGAAAGUAG